UUUAAGAGGCAGCCGCCCUCCCGCCUGCCCUGAACUUGGCUGGACUGCAGCCUGCUCUGCUGGAAACCGCCAAGCCUGCUGAUUCCUCAUCAAAGCUGGGAAGAUUUCCUGAAGUCAGAAAUAACGGCGCUGGAUCUUAAAAUGCGUCUGGGUGGCCAUGAAGAGUGGCGUGUGUCUGUGCGUGCUGAUAGCAGUCCUGGCCGCAGGCGCCCUGACGCAGCCAGUGGCCCCGGCAGAAGCCGCGGACUCCGCGGUGCAGCGGGCGGAGGAAGCGCCCCGAAGGCAGCUGAGGGCUGUGCUCAGGACCGACGGCGAGCCCCGAGCGCGCCUGGGCGCACUGCUAGCGCGAUACAUCCAGCAGGCCCGCAAAGCUCCUUCCGGCCGCAUGUCCGUUCUCAAGAGCCUGCAGAGCCUGGACCCCAGCCACAGGAUAAGUGACCGGGACUACACGGGCUGGAUGGAUUUUGGCCGGCGCAGUGCCGAGGACUACGAAUACCCAUCCUAGUGGACCAGCUUCUCAGCCCUGCUUGGAGGAGGUGGAACGAACGAGAAAAGAAUCACGCACACAACCCCUUGCCUCUGCUGUCUGACAUUUUGAGUAUCUAUUUAUUAAGUUCCCAGUGUGAAAUCUGUGGGUUAAGAGUGUUCAGUGCAUCCUCACACCUCAGUACAUCUGGCGGUUGGAAGGCAAUGUUUUCCCACAGUGACUCCCAGACCUAAUGUUGCUAUGCUAUUAAAGAGAUUUCCUUCUGCCCCUCA